AUGGUCCCAAAUGAAUCCCAUCAAUAUAUGGGGAUUAUCCAGUUGCUCCUCCAUUUUGGAUGGAAUUGGGUAGGGCUCUUAGUGUUGGAAGACGAGAAUGGAGAACAUUUUCUGAAGAUGAUGGAACCAUUGCUUUCCAACUAUGGAAUAUGUUUGGCUGUCGCAGAAAGAUUAGUAAAGCAAGCCAAUUGGAAUAGCAUGGACGACCUUUAUGUUUUUUUCACAAACGUACACACACCUUUCGUAGAUACCAAAGCCGAUACAUUUAUCAUCUAUGGGGAUUCUUUGGCUAUUGUAACACUCAACACUUUUGUGCAUCUAGGAAUUCCUGACUAUAAAGAAAAUACAUUGUAUAAGAAGGUGUGGAUUAUGACAGGCCAGAUUGAUUUUGCAACAACAGGCAUUCAAAGAGGAAUCGGUUUCCAAUUUUUCCAAGGUGCCAUUUCCUUCACAGUUCAUUCAAAUGAGAUUCCAGGUUUCCAGAAAUAUCUCCAGAAUGUGAAACCGUAUCAGGCACAAAUGGAUGGUUUUGUCAAGGAAUUCUGGGAGCAAGCUUUCUACUGUCCACUUCAAGACCCUCAGGAACCAUUGAAUGUUGAGGAGACAUGUUCUGGAGAAGAGAAGUUGGAAGAUCUCCCUGCAUCUGUUUUUGAAAUGCACAUGAUCGGAGACAGCUACAGUAUCUAUAAUGCUGUCUAUGCUGUGGCCCAUGCAUUGCAUGCCAUGUACACAUCUAAAUCUAAACACAGGUCAACAACACAUGCUGAAAAGGUUGAACUUGAAGAUCUCCAUCCUUGGCAGCUUCACUUAUUUCUUCAAGGGAUUUCAUUUAACAAUUCAGCUGGAGAAAUGCUGUCAUUCAGUGGGAACAAGGAAAUGGACGGCAGGUUUGACCUCAUAAACCUGGUCACUUUUCCAAACCGUUCUUUCCUCAGAGUGAAAGUUGGAAGUGUGGAUCCCAGUCGUUCCCAAGGAGAAGGCUUCAGCAUCGAUGAGGAGAAGAUUGUGUGGCAAUCUCAUUUUGACCAGGUGGCGCCCCUCUCUGUAUGCAACGACCCCUGCUCCCCUGGUCAAUUGAAGAAAAAGAAAGAAGGGGAGAAGUUUUGCUGCUACGAUUGUGAGGAAUGUCCAGAAGGGAAGAUUUCAGACAAGAAAGAUAUGGAUGAGUGUUUCAAAUGUCCCGAAGAUCAAUAUCCAAGUAUGGACCUUGAUCAAUGUAUUCCCAAGAAAAUAAGCUUUCUGUCAUAUCAAGACCCUUUAGGGAUCACUUUGACAUCAGUUGCUGUUUUGUCCUCUUUGGUUACUGCUUCGGUGUUAGGAAUUUUCAUUAAGCACAAAGAUACCCCCAUAGUUAAGGCCAAUAACCGCGAUAUCACCUUUGCUCUCCUCGUUUCCCUCCUGCUCUGCUUUUUGUGUUCUUUGCUCUUUAUCGGACAACCCAGGAAGGUGACCUGUUUCAUCCAACAAUCAGCUUUCAGUCUCGUCUUCUCCAUGGCUGUGUCUUGUGUCUUGGCCAAAACCAUCACUGUGGUGGUAGCUUUCAUGGCCACCCAACCAGGGUCAAGCAUGAGGAAGUGGGUGGGGAAAAGACUGACCAACUCCAUUGUCCUUUUCUGUUCCUUUACUCAAGGAGCCAUCUGCGCAGUGUGGAUAGUCAAAUCUCCCCCUUUCCCAGCUAUGAAUAAUGAAUCAGUGAUGGGAGAAAUUGUACUAGAAUGCAAUGAAGGCUCUGCUGUGAUGUUUUACAUUGUCCUGGGCUACAUGGGACUUCUUGCUUUCAUCAGCUUGAUGGUGGCAUUCCCAGCCAGGAAACUGCCAGAUAGUUUCAAUGAAGCCAAGUUCAUCACCUUUAGCAUGCUCAUCUUUUGUAGUGUUUGGUUGUCUUUUGUUGCAACCUACCUGAGCACCAAAGGGAAAUACAUGGUAGCCGUUGAGAUCUUCUCCAUGUUGGCUUCCAGUGCUGGCUUACUGGCUUGUAUCUUUUCACCCAAAUGCUUCAUUAUUCUUCUGAGGCCUGAGCUGAACAACAGAGAGCAACUAAUACGGAAGAAAACACCAAGAAACGGAGUGUCCCAUUGA